AUGUCUUCUCAGCAGGCUGUGAUGCUGUUUUUCCCAUCUCCUAAGAGUCUGGUAGGCCGGCAAAAGAUCUAUAUGCCAGUUGAUGUGAAGGGUGUGAAGGGUGAACCCAUACCUGUUCCAAAUGAAUGGUACCAGCAAGGGGACCUUGUCAUUGGUGGGAUGGUCUCUAUGGUUAACUACCAAUUUAAUGAAGUUUCAUUUCAGCAGCAUCCCUCUCAGGAGUAUUUUGACAAUCCAGAUGUGUUAACAAAAUUCUACCAGCAUGUCCUUUCCUUGGUGUUUGCCGUGAAGGAGAUCAAUGAGAAUCCAGAAAUUUUGUCCAAUGUCACUCUUGGCUUCCAUAUUCAUGACAGCUACUACAAUGCAAUGCUGACCUAUUGGACCACCCUAGAUCUCCUGUUCAGGUCACGGAAAUUUGUUCCCAACUACAAGUGUGACACCAGGAAAAAUCUCAUAUCUAUCAUUGGGGGACUCAGCUCUGAAACUUCCUCCUAUAUUGCAGACCUUAUACAGUUUUACAAGAUUCCACAGCUCACAUACGGUUCAUUUGCCCCAAAGGAUAUUCAUAGUGCCGAGAUUCCCUUCUAUUACUCCAUGGUUCCAAAUGAGGCCUCACAGUACAUUGGGAUUAUCAGAUUGCUUCAACAUUUUGGGUGGAGAUGGGUUGGGCUCUUUGCUAUUGAUAAUAGGCAUGGAGAAUAUUUUCUGCAGACCAUGGACUCUCUCUUUUCCCAGCAUGGAAUCUGUUCUGCUUGUACACAAAGAAUUCCAUAUUUAACCCACUGGGACAAUUUAUCUGAAAUGUUCUUUAUAGGGGAAAAUAUUUAUAACCACAUAACUGAUGAGAAGAUCAAUACUUUUAUUGUCUGUGGAGAAUCUUUGACAAUUGCAUGGAUCAUUAAUACUAUAUUUACGUUUGAUCCUAGAGAUGGGCAGAGUUCCUUGGGAAAGGUAUGGAUCAUGACUGCCCAGAUUGUUUAUUUAUUAACAGGCAUGCAAACAAGAUGGGAUCGGCAGGUUUUGGACGGUGCCAUUUUUUUCACAAUUCACUCCAAAGACGUUCCAGGGUUCAAGAAAUUCCUGAAGUCCAUAAAACCUCCUUGGAUUCAAGAAGAUAGAUUUUUUCCACUUUUCUGGGAACAAGUAUUUGACUGUUUAUUGCCAGCUCAUAUCUUGACCCCUCUGGACAGUGAUACAUGUACUGGAAAGGAGAGGAUGAAGGAUAUUCCUGGAGCUCUUUUUGAAUUGCAGCUAUCUGGGCACAGCUAUAGUAUCUAUAACGCAGUCUAUGUAUUGGCUCAAGCUUUACAUGCUCUCGUCUUACUUCGAUCUAAUCGCAGGCAUUUUUUGAGGCAUAAAUUAUCAGAAUAUGAAAAUUCACAACCAUGGCAGAGAGUAAAGGUUGGAACAAUGAACCCUGAUGCUCUUAAAGGAAAGGAAUUAGACAUAAAUGAGGAGAUGAUAGUUUGGCACAGAUCAUUUAACCAGGUCCUUCCUAUUUCUCGGUGCAAUGACUAUUGUCACCCUGGGUAUCAGAAAAGGAAGAAUGAAGGGAAAAAAUUCUGCUGCUAUGAUUGUGUUCCAUGUCCAAAAGGGAAAAUCUCUAAAGAAGUGGAUAUGGUAGCUUGCUUUCAAUGUCCAGAAGAUAAGUAUGCAAACCAAGAAAGAAAUGGAUGUCUCCUAAAAAGGAUAAACUUUCUGUCUUAUGAAGAACCUUUAGGGUAUAGUUUAGCUUGUCUUGCUGCUGUGUUUUCCCUCAUUACAGGAUGGGUGCUGGGAACUUUUAUUAAGCACAAAAACAGUCCUAUUGUCAAAGCCAAUAACCGGGAUCUCACCUACACUCUCCUGAUCUCCCUUCUGUUCUGCUUUCUCUGCUCUUUUCUCUUUAUUGGACAACCUGGGAGAGUGACCUGUCUCCUCAAACAGUCUGCAUUUGGUCUCAUCUUCUCAGUGUCCAUCUCUUGUGUGUUGGCCAAAACGAUACUUGUUUCUCUUGCCUUCAAGGCUACCAAACCAGGAUCUCGGAUGAGGACAUGGGUGGGGAAAAGUCUGGCUAUUUCUAUUGUCCUUUUCUGCUCUCUAUUCCAAACAAGCAUCUGUGUUGUGUGGUUGUCAACCUCUCCCCCAUUCCCAGAAUUAGACAUGCACUCAGUCCCUGAAGAAAUGGUUUUACAAUGCAAUGAAGGGUCUUUCUUUAUGUUUUAUUGUGUCCUGAGCUAUAUGGCUCUCCUUUCAUUUGCCAGCUUCCUUGUGGCUUUCCAGGCUCGUAAUCUGCCUGACAGUUUCAAUGAAGCCAAGUUCAUCACCUUCAGCAUGUUGGCUUUCUGCAGUGUAUGGGUGACCUUUGUUCCAACAUACCUGAGCACCAGAGGUAAAGCCAUGGUGGCGGUGGAGAUCUUCUCCAUUUUGUCCUCCAGUGCUGGACUCCUAAGUUGCAUCUUUUUCCCCAAGUGUUACAUUAUUGUUUUGAGGCCUGAUUUAAACAACAGGGGGCAACUGAUACGAAAACAUGUUUAA